AUGGGCAGCGAGCCUCAUGCGGUUCCCAGACUUGCGCUUCGACAACGUCGACUACCCGUAAAAAGAAACGUAGCUGCUGUCUGCAGCACGCCCGCAUUUCGCCUUGUAGUCUCUCGACUGGGCUCUUUUGGUUGCCGGCUCUGUGGGUUAUGGAUGAGGGCUGCAGCAGGUGUCUGCUUGAAAUCACUGAGAUCUUGGGUUUUUCUUGGUUCCACUAGAGGUCACCAGUGUACGCUGUCUGGCUUGGUUGCCCGUACUAGUCAGCAGAGAGGACAAGAGGUGUUUUGGCGUCUAGAGCGGACCUCGGAAAGCGUGCUCGUACCAACACGACGUUGGUCGUCUAGUUGGCGACGAUACGUUGCACAUCAGUCGACAGGCGCUGCAGUUGAAUCAAAGAGCACAGUGGGAAAGGCUGAAGAGAACCCUGCCGAAGCAGCAGAGACUAUUUCUGUAACCUUUGUGGACCGAGAGGGCGUGCGGCACGCUGUUCGAGCACCGAUCGGCUCCUCGAUGCUGGAGGUUGCACACGAAAACCACAUUGACCUGGAGGGUGCCUGUGAAGGCUCUCUUGCUUGCUCCACUUGUCACGUCUACGUCAGUGAGGAACACUUCCGACGCCUACCCGAGCCCACUGACGACGAGAACGAUAUGCUCGAUCUUGCCUUUGGGCUGCAAGAGAACUCGCGUCUGGGCUGCCAAGUCAUAGCGACGAAAGAGCUAGACGGCAUGGAACUGACCCUCCCGAAAGCUACUCGGAAUAUGGCAGUUGAUGGGUAUGUUCCGAAACCACACUAG